AUGGCUAACAAGCUUUUCCUCGUCUCCGCAACUCUCGCCUUCUUCUUCCUCCUCACCAACGCCUCCAUCUACCGCACGGUCGUCGAGUUGGAAGAAGAUGACGCCACCAACCCAAUGGGCCCAUUCGGCGGGAAACAGAAAUGUCGUAGGGAGUUUCAGCAAUCACAACACCUAAGAGCUUGCCAACAAUGGCUCCACAAGCAAGCAAGGCGAGCCCGUCGUGGUCCUUGGGCCCUUGAGGAUGAGUUGGCCUUCGAAGACGACAUGGAGAACUCUGACCAGCACAGAUCGCCACUACUCCAGCAGUGCUGCAACGAGCUUCACCAGGAAGAGCCAGAUUGCGUUUGCCCAACCUUGAAACAAGCGUCCAAAGCGGUUAGACACCAGAUUCAACAACAGGGACAGCCCCAAGUAGUGAGACGUAUCUACCAGACCGCUCAGCACUUGCCUAACAUUUGCCGAGUUCCGCAAGUUAGCGUGUGUCCCUUCAGGAGGACCAUGCCUUUCCAGCCUCCAUACUAG